AUGAAAACGAUUCCAAUAUCAAAAAGAAACCAUAUUUUCACCCUUCUUGAAGAAGGUUACUCCAGCCGUACUAUUGCUUUUCAUGAAAAAGUAAGCCAUAGUACGGUCUUAAGAAUAAAAAAUUUAAAGAAGCAAACUGGUUGCUUGGAUGUUUUACCAAGGCCAGGCUGCCCCAGAAUACUUACCACCCACCACAAAAGAAGAAUAGCCAGGGAAUUUAGGUCAGGUACAUGCCAAACUGCCGUCCAAGCCCAAAAAAAAUUAAAAUCUGACGAAG